CUUUCAGGGAGGUGACAUCGCAUGCGGCUGUCUAGAGGUAACGUCCACUCGCAGAUAUGAAGGUUUAUCAGGAAGUGAUUAGAUACGAAUCUGCGCCACUGUCAGCAAGACACUAUGACAGAGAAACCACUGAACCAAUCAGCUUCUUCCUGUCCAGUCUGGAGGAGCUUCUGUCCUGGAAACCCACCCAUCAGGACAUGUUCAACACUGCGGUGGCUCCUCUUGCCAAAAGACACCCAACUUUACAGAGCCAGCGACCCCGGACUCUUGUUUGCCAUGAUAUGAAGGGCGGAUAUGUGGAAGACAGGUUUAUUCAGGGUUCGGAUGCCAGCAACCCCUACGUAUUCUACCACUGGCAACAUAUUGAUAUAUUUGUCUACUUCAGCCACCGCAUGUUCACGCUGCCUCCUGUGUGUUGGACUAAUGCAGCUCACAAAAACGGGGUGUGCGUCCUAGGUACCUUCAUCACAGAGUGGGGUGAGGGGGCAAAGGUCUGCGAGUCCUUCUUGGCAGGUGAAGACUCUGCGUAUCGUGCGGUGGCUGAUGCGAUGGUUCGACUCGCCCAGGUCUACAAGUUUGAUGGGUGGUUGGUUAAUAUUGAGAACUUGUUGAGUUCUGUCGCAGCGUCCCGCGUACCCUUAUUUUUGCGCUACCUGACGGAACAGCUUCACCUGCACGUCCCCGGCGGCUUGGUUCUGUGGUACGAUAGCGUAAUCCAUAGCGGGGAGCUGAAGUGGCAGAAUGAGCUGAACGAUGAUAACCGCCAGUUCUUUGAUGCCUGCGAUGGGAUUUUUACAAACUACAACUGGCAAGAAGGACACUUACAGCGCAUGGCCGAGGAUCCGCGCCGGGCGGACAUUUACGUCGGCGUGGAUGUUUUUGCCCGGGGAGAGGUGGUAGGCGGAAAGUUCGACACCGUUAAGUCUUUAGAGAUGAUCCGACGGUACGGCUUCUCAGCUGCCCUUUUUGCUCCCGGCUGGGUGCUUGAGUGUCUGGAGAAGGAGGAAUUCCUGGAGAACCAGCACAAGUUCUGGUCUCUCCUGGACAGCCACCUGUUCACGCACAGUCUCUGCUCCCUCCCCGUCUGCUCCGCUUUCUGCAUCGGGUGCGGGAAGAAGAAGUUCUCCUUUGGCGAGGGAGAAGAUAUCGGUCCCUGGUGUAACCUAAGCGCCCAGGAGGUGCAGCCCAUAUUCUCCGAGGUAACAUCCGAAGACCCAACGGGAGGGUGGGUGAGAUCUCGGAUCUGCCAGAAGGAUGCUUGGCACGGAGGCAGCUCCCUUUUGAUAGAAGGAAAAUUACCGGCGGAUGCCACCGGAGUCAGUAUAAGGUUGUUCUCGUUGCAUACCGAGGCACCGAAAAACCUCCUGCUCUUUCUUGUAUAUAAGCUGGAGGCAACUUCCAAUGUUGCAGUGGCUCUGGAGCUGGGGACACGAGAUGCCCCAUCUUGCAAUGUAGAGAGCAUCACUGGGCUAAGUGAGCAGGUGGACGUACGCAAACUACAGCAUCUAUCUGAGGCUCCGGCCCAAUUUGGAGAUCCCCAAAACAACAAGCAUGGGUGGGAGCAAAGGUUUUAUGCUGUGGAGCUCAGCGGCUGUUUUCUCACCAGUCUGUCCGUCCGUCUGUCCCACGUGGCACCUGAUAAGCAGGACGAGACCUUCGUAUGUCGCAUUGGAGAGAUCAGGGUCCUGGAUGUCUCUGUGCCGCCGUCCCUUCCCCCGCAGCCCUCCGAUAUCUCGCUCUCCCACCUUCGUUGGAACCGGAAUUCGCAGACGGAUCAGCUGUUUGUAAGCUUGACCCUCCAUUGGACUCACCCCUCAGGCAGCGCCCGUCAUUUCAGAAUAUAUUGCCGCGGGGUCACCUGCCUGCGCGCACCCGCCUCUCAAGCUCACCUCUUGGGCUUGGCUCACGCUUGUGUCUAUCGCGUGGUAGACCUGGCCGUGCCCAACCCCUGUCCUCCUGCCCCGGGACGACUGGAGUUUGCCAUCCAACCGGUUAGUAAAGAUGGACUUGAAACGUUACCGCUGGAAUGGGGGCAUCUGGUUCUCGAAUACGUAGAGCAGACUCACACUGAGGUUUGACCCGGAGAAUAUAUGCCAAAGGCAAUCGACGCUCCAAACCUGCUGCAU